CUCUGAAGGAUGCAGCUGUGGAAGCCAUAACCCACGCGGCCAACCACCAGCAACCCGGUCCACGGCACGUCGUGAUCGAAAGCAUGUGCAGAUAUACUGUAGCACAGACACAAGGUGGGGUUGUUCCGUGGUGGUGGAGGUGGUACCUGCCAAGAUGGUUCGGCUCGACCUGGCCUGCGCAAGCUCGCUCCACAGAAAAGAUGUGUGGAUGAAGCUGGCGCAGAGCGCUCUUUGACGGCGACGACACCUGCACCGCCGCCGCCAAUAUGUUCGAGAAUGUGUGCGCCAUUCCGCUCGACUAUGAUCUGUUCGCACAGGCGAUUCACCCAGAAGAGCCCGUUGUCGCAGUAGGUCUCGCGUCAGGGCACGUGCAGACCUACAGGCUGCCAGGCAGCGCCGGCGACGACAGCGACCAUGAGGCGACUCUAGCUUCGGAGAGCGGAUUUGGGCACAUCGACACAGUAUGGAAGACGCGGCGACACAAGGGAAGCUGCAGGACGCUUGGCUUCAGCGUCGACGGCUCGCAGUUGUAUUCGGCUGGCACCGACGGCAUCGUGAAGGUCGCGGACUCGACUACUGGGCAGGUCACAGCCAAGAUUGCUGUCCCCCUUGACCCCGCCAACGGCGGCAUCGACGCGCCCACUCUCGUCCACGCCCUCUCCCCCCAGUCCCUCAUCCUCGCAACCGACUCGUCCGCCCUGCACAUCUACGAUAUGCGCGACCUCGGCACAAAGAAAUCGCCCAAGCCGCAAGCCACACACCGUCCCCACGACGACUACAUCUCCUCUCUCACGCCCCUCCCUCCCUCAGAAGCAAGCACAAGCGGGUUCAGCAAGCAAUGGGUCACAACCGGCGGCAGCACAUUAGCCGUAACUGAUCUGCGAAGAGGCGUCAUGGUGCGCUCCGAAGACCAGGAAGAAGAGCUGCUCAGUUCCAUCAUCGUGUCUGGACUGUCAAAGAAGGGCUCGAAUGUGGGCGAGAAGGUGCUGGUUGGUGGAGGAAAUGGCGUGCUCACGCUCUGGGAGCGCGGUGUCUGGGACGACCAAGACGAGCGCAUCACCGUCGACCGCUCCAAGGGAGGCGGCGAGAGCUUAGAUGCGCUUGCCCUGCUACCUGCGGGUGUAGGACCAGGCGGUAAGAUCGUAGCUGUUGGCCUGGGCAACGGUGACUUGUGCUUUGUCAAGAUUGGGCAGAACAAGGUCAUUGCAACGCUGAAGCACGAUGAACUGGCGCAAGAGGGAGUGAUCGGGUUAGGCUUUGAUGUUACAGGCAGGAUGAUCAGUGGUGGCGGAAAGACAGUCAAGGUCUGGGGCGAGAAGGGUGCACUAGGUGCCACUGAUGACGAUGAGGAGGAAGCAGAGGAGGGCGAGAGAGAGACGAAGCGGGAUCACGAGAGUGAUGAGGAUAAGGACAGUGAUGAGGACAUGGACGAUAGCAGCGACGAAGAGCAGCAGAGCAAGCGCAAGAAGAGGAAGAGGAACAAGGGCAAGCAGCAGAAGGGACAUGGUAUCCUCCAGUUUUCUGGAUUGGAUUAGACGAGCCUCAGUAUACCACAUUGUCUGUCAGUCAUACUAGGACAUGAGAAGCUCAUGUUGAGAGCUCUUACUUGCAAUUAACGGC